AUGGCAGAAGCAAAAGCACUCGAAACGUCUUUGAAAACUUUGUCUCUGAAUCCGCAAGCCUCGAAAUCUGCUGCUUCGUUCAGAAAGAAACAGCCUGUCUCGGAAUCAUGGGAGGAUGAGGAGCUCGAGGACUCUGGACAUGAUACGGACCGGCCUCUGUCCCCACAGCAAUCAGCAGAUUAUCCCUCCGCACCUCCCCCAACUCCAAUAUCUCCAUCUACCUCUUUUGCCCGGGAGUCGUUCGUUAGUCCCUACGGAAUCGGUACAGAUGGUUCUCCAGAGGCGAGAACCGAACGAGCGAGACCAGAGAAGACAGACGCGGUGGCAAAGCGAAUGAUUGCUGGGGCUUUAGGUGUCAGGGCUCCCAAGAAGACGGAAGAACAGAAGGCCUAUGAUAGAGCCAUCAAGGAGAAGGAGACCAAGAGACGCAAUAUGGAGAAAGAAGCUGCUGCGAAAGCUAAAGAAGAGGCCGAACGCGCCAAAGCGGCUGUAUGGGAAGAUUGA